AUGUCAGUGCAGUCUAGGGAACAGCGUCUCAGUCGAUGGUACUUUGGUGGUACAGCGUCUGCUGGUGCAGCAAUGUGCACGCAUCCACUUGAUUUACUUAAGGUACAUCUGCAAACUCAACAACAUGGUCAGGUUGGUAUUUUUGAAAUGACGAUGAAAAUUAUUCGAAGCGAUGGCAUUCGAGGUCUCUAUAAUGGCAUUUCAGCCUCUCUGUUAAGACAGAUGACCUAUUCUUUAACACGUUUUGGCAUGUAUGAGCAGUUGAAGAAGCAGUUCCCGGGUGAUUCAACUACUAUUCCUUUCUAUCAGAAAGCUGCGAUGGCGGGAAUGAGCGGAGCAUGUGGAGGUUUCAUUGGCACACCUGGAGACAUGAUUAAUGUGCGCAUGCAAAAUGAUGUGAAGUUACCGCCAGCGGAACGGCGGAAUUACAAGCAUGCCUUUGAUGGGUUGUUCCGAGUAAUGCGUGAAGAAGGCAUCACUAAACUUUUUAAUGGGGCUGCAAUGGCAACAUCUAGAGCUGUUUUUAUGACCAUUGGUCAGCUAUCGUUCUAUGACCAAAUCAAGCAAGUCGCCAUCGCAUCGGGUUAUUUCAAGGAUACUCCAACAACUCAUUUCGGAUCUUCAUUUGCUGCGGCAUCGAUUGCGACAGUUCUAACUCAACCGCUAGAUGUUAUGAAAACACGUAUGAUGAAUGCAAAACCGGGCCAGUUCACUAGUAUCCUGUCCUGCUUCUUAUAUACUGCGAAACUUGGACCAACUGGCUUUUUCAAGGGUUUCAUACCAGCAUGGGUUCGAUUGGCGCCACAAACGAUCCUUACUUUUAUUUUCUUGGAACAGCUUCGCUUGAAUUUUGGCUAUAUUCGAGCUCCAUCAGCGAAACAAUGA